AUGCUCGGCAAGAUCGCACUCGAAGAAGCCUUUGCGCUUCCCCGCUUCCAGGAGAAGACGAGGUGGUGGGCGGGUAUGUUCGCCACUGAUGUCGAUAAGCACACUGCCGAGAUUACAGAUGUGGACUCUAUUCGAUUGAAUUUCGCCGAGAAGCAUGGUGUUGGUCUUCAGAUUCUCUCUUACACUGCACCUGGUGUACAGGAUAUCUGGGACGCGAAAGAUGCACAAGCCCUCGCAGUGGAGAUCAACGACUAUAUCGCCGAGAAGGUGAAGGCGCACCCCGAUCAGUUCGCUGCAUUUGCAACCCUCUCCAUGCACGAUCCCCAAGAAGCAGCACAGGAACUCCGUCGCUGUGUAACAAAGUACGGAUUCCUCGGUGCCUUGGUAAACGAUACCCAGCGCGCCGGACCGGAUGGCGACGACAUGAUCUUCUACGAUAAUUCGAAAUGGGAUAUCUUCUGGCAAACCUGCACAGAGCUCGAUGUGCCCUUAUACCUUCACCCACGCAAUCCAACCGGAACAAUCUACGAAAAGCUCUGGGCGGAUAGAAAAUGGCUCGUUGGACCCCCUCUCUCCUUUGCACAGGGAGUAUCCCUCCACGCCCUAGGAAUGGUUACAAAUGGAGUCUUUGAUCGUCACCCCAAGCUGCAGAUUAUCCUCGGUCAUCUCGGAGAACAUAUCCCCUUUGACAUGUGGAGAAUUAAUCACUGGUUUGAGGAUAGAAAGAAGCUGUUGGGAUUGCAGGAGACGUGUAAGAAGACUAUAAGGGAGUAUUUUGCGGAGAAUCUUUGGAUUACUACUUCGGGGCAUUUUUCGACCCCUACGUUGCAUUUUUGUAUGGCUGAGGUUGGGGCGGAUAGGAUUUUGUUCUCGAUUGAUUAUCCUUUUGAGACUUUUGAGGAUGGGUGUGAUUGGUUUGAUAAGGCUGAGAUGUCGGAGCCGGAUCGGUUGAAGAUUGGGAGGGAAAAUGCUAAGAAGUUGUUUAAGUUGGGGCCGUAUAAGGAUAGUACUGCUUGA